AUGCUUCCACCGCCACCGCCCCUAAAAACAUUGACGAGAUUAGAGAAGAGACGUUUUAGAGAUACUGGAAUUUAUCUUGAAACAACCAUCAAUGAUAUUAAAUCAGGUUUGAAAUUGAAUGUCAACAGAAGUGGCAUAGCACAGGGAGCCGUUCGGCGGUUCAGAACUAGAGCUGUAACCACUAAUGAAAUAUUUAAGUUUAUUUUCUUAUCUUGA